AUGGCGAAACAGGGAUCCUUCUUUGUGCGAUUCCGUAACUUUGAUGCCUAUGCGAAAACGCUGGACGAUUUUCGGGUCAAGACAACGGCAGGAGCUACUGUAACCGUCAUCAGCGCGUUGAUCAUAUUCUACCUUGUCCUUUCCGAGCUCAUUGCAUAUCAGACGUCCACAUGGCAACCAGAAUUAGUUGUUGACAAGAGUCGCAAAGACAAGAUGACCAUUCAGUUCAAUGUGACCUUUCCAAAGAUGCCUUGCCAUAUGCUCAGCUUGGAUAUCAUGGACGAUAGUGGAGAGCACAUUAGUGGAUAUACACACGACGUGUACAAAGUACGACUGGAUUCAAUGGGUCAAUUGAUUGACAAGCAAAAGGAGACAAAACUUGGUGACAAUAGCCAUGGCGCUGAAAUGGCUCUUCAAAAGCAAGAUGAAAACGAAUGUGGAAGUUGCUAUGGUGCCACGGCAGUACGACCCGAUGGCUGCUGCAACACAUGUGAUGAGAUUCGAGAAGCAUACGCCAACAUGGGAUGGGGCAUGGGCGAUCCUGAUCAAUUCAGUCAAUGUGUGCGAGAGAAUUGGCGUGAAAAGAUCGAGAAACAAUCGAACGAAGGGUGCAAUAUCCAUGGACGUCUUUCGGUCAACAAGGUGCGAGGCAAUUUCCAUAUUGCACCUGGAAAAUCAUUUCAACAAGCCAACAUGCAUGUGCACGACUUGAAGACCUAUAUGCAAGGUGCUCCUGACGGCCAUUCAUUUGACAUGUCACACGAAAUCCAUUCCUUGACAUUCGGCGAUCUUGUGACGAAUCAUUGGGUGACAAGUCGCGCAUUGACAACCACCGUAACAGAUCCCCUGGCUGGUACAGUGAAAAGAUCGGAUAAAGUACGCACCGUCUAUCAGUACUUUUUAAAGAUCGUAUCCACCGAGUUGCUUCCACGUUCUGGUAAAUCGGUAUAUACCAAUCAAUAUUCAGUGAUGCAAAAUGAUCGUGUGUUGGGAGAUCAUGCUUCAGGAUUACCAGGCGUGUUUUUCAUCAUGGAUAUUUCACCUAUGCAAAUCAUCUAUCGAGAAGAACGUUCUUCCUUCACCAGCUUUCUCACUGGAGUAUGUGCUAUUGUCGGUGGUAUCUUCACCGUAGCAGGGCUUUUUGAUCGCGUGGUCUAUCGUGCAGAGCGUGCAUUGAAGAAAAAGAGAGAUUUGGGUAAAACGUUGUAG